UGCUUUUAUUUCUCCUGGAAGCAGAGACGGCGCCGCCGCUCGCCUGCGACGCCCUCCGCCGCCUCCGCUCGCCGCAGGUCUCCCCGCUGCCGCCGAUCAUCUCCAGCAAGGUAUCCAGCCACCUCGGCCCCUUGCCGCGCCGUUGGGAGCGCCGCCGCCGAUGGUUCAGUGACUUCAAUCGGUCCCCGUGGGCUCCAGCGCCAGCGGCGGCGCCGCCGCGACUGCUCUCCUUCCCGAGGUGGAUUCACUCCCUUUGAGGUCGUCAUUGUUAGGUUGAUUGAAGGAGGGACCAAGGAGCAGUGGCCGCGGCUGUGUGUGAAGCUGCGUGUGUUUCGGUUUGCUGUGGUUAGCGUCUGGGCCGUGGGUUGUGCUUAACAAAGUGGUUUCUGCUUGUUGGAGACAAAGGGUGUUUCCCUUUGUUUAAUCAGGUGGCUUGGUUUUCUCCAGGCCAGGGGUAUAGGGUUUAGGGUUCACUGUGAGUGUGCUUGUGCUUGUGGACAUGGAUAAAAUGGAAGGGGAGAGGACAAGCCGACUAGCCAGAGCUGAGUCUAAAUCAAAGACAUCUUCACCUACUAGUGCAACUGCCUUUUCAGCCACCGCCUCUCGUCGGCGCCCUACUCUCCCGAGUCUGCGGGCUGACGUGGACUACUCCAAAUACAAUCGGAAGAAGAUGAAGGAGCUCAGGCUUGUCUCGGAGAAAGAGUGGUUCCCGCCUCAAAGACAUGAGCGUCACUUGACAAGCAGCUGGUUCUGGACAGUUGUGCAGAAGGACCUCUACCUUACUCUCAAGUCACAGGUCAGCGACAUGAAGUGGAUCGACUGGCCAUCAGUCAACCGGAGUGCUGGCACAAAUGUUGAUGUUCGUGGAUACUUUGCAGCUACUCCGGGGCUUGACAGGCUGUUAGAGAGGCAGGACCUCAGCUGGGCUGACUCGUACAUUCGUCAAUUCUAUGCCACACUAUGGAUUCACCCAGACCGAUCAAGGAUCAAGUUCAUGUUUGGGAACCAACAGCGUGAGUUGUCCAGGGACGAUUUCUUCGGGUGUCUUGGCCUGUCUUGCUGUGGUGCCCAAGUGCACACCUUGGCAUACCCCAAUGGGAACAGGGAUGAAGUUCACCUUGCCACCUGCACAGGACAUUCACCACCUAUACGUCAACCCUGAUGCCGCGAUGGAGUUCUGGAAGGAUCACAAUCAGUUGAACCAUGAAACAGCGGUUGUACACACAGUCAUGAGGAUGUCGAUCCGUCCUAGAGUUGGAGGCCUUGAGUCCCUAACUACAGUUGAGAUUUGGCUUCUGCACUUGUUGAGGUCAGCACAGCCUGUAGACAUAGUAGAUUUGAUGAUUGGAGAGAUGCAGGACACCAUUCUGACAAUCAGACGUCGUCUGCCCUACGCCCCGUAUCUCAUUCGCUUGUUUGACAAGAAAGGUUGGCUUGAGGAUGGCAUGAAAAAGGCUUUGGAUCAGCACCUCAAGCCAUACAAAGCUCCAAGGCCCGAUGACAAGAGGAGGCUCAAGAAUAGGGCACUUCAGCAUGACAAGUCGUACAAGGCUCCGAAGCCUGAUGACAAGAGGAGGCUUGUGACCAGGUCACUUCCAGCCCACAUGGAAGUUGUAUUUGAUGAUGAUGGGCAUGUAGUGUUGGAUCAUGCACUUGUCCCGAGCAUACAGGAGCAAGCUCUUUGGGACACCACUAAUGGGGAAGCUGACACAGAUCAUGGCCAACAUAUGGCGCCACCCCCAGUUCCUGAUGAGUUCAGAUUUGGCCAGCUGGGAGCUCACUACGUAGAGGCAGGAGGCUUGGCUGGUCAUACCUAUGACGUUCCUCCCAUGCUGCAGAGACAGAUUGAUCGCCAGACGGCUAUCCUUGAGCAGAUGCAGAGACAGAUUGAUCACCAGACGGCUAUCCUUGAGCAGAUGCAGGGACAGAGACAGAUUGAUCCCCAGACGGCUAUCCUUGAGCAGAUGCAGAGACAGAUUGAUCGCCAGACGGCUAUCCUUGAGCAGAUGCAGAGACAGAGACAGAUUGAUCCCCAGACGGCUAUCCUUGAGCAGAUGCAGAGACAGAUGCAGGAUAUCCGCAACCUGGCUGUGGUUUCUAUUGGUCAGAGUAUUCGCCGUGACGCUCGCCACAGUGAUAUUCUGGCUCUUCUCGAUGAGAGUUUUAGUGCUUCCUGUGGACUCUAGGCGGCCUCCUGUCCCACCGGUUUGACGCAACAGACUCUACUUCUCAGUGUCUAGUUUUGUGGUAUGAUGAGCUGCUGCCUACUUCUGCUAGAUCGGAGUGUCCUCAGGUUCUCUCACCUUCAGGCUUAAGCCCAGCAGCCACUCGACAGAACCGAGACAUAAGCUGGCUAUUGUCGAUUAACUUCGUUGGUGGGUUUCCCUGUGUGUGUUUGAUCUAGAAACGGGAGAGAUUUGACUUAUAUUAUCCUUUUGUGCGUGGAGUCGUCUUUUGGGUGGUACUGUAAGUGUAAGAUACCUAUAUGUUGCAUGCCUAAAUACUUCUGCCUGCUCCUUA